CGGCCCGUAGCCGGCGUCUCCAACAUGGCGGCCCCCCAAGAUGUCCACGUCCGGAUCUGCAACCAGGAGAUCGUCAAGUUCGACCUGGAGGUGAAAGCGCUUAUCCAGGAUAUCCGAGACUGUUCUGGACCCUUAAGUGCACUCACCAAACUGAACACUGAAGUGAAAGAGAAGUUUCAGCAGCUGCGCCACAGAAUACAGGAACUUGAGCAGUCGGCUAAGGAGCAAGACAAGGAGUCGGAGAAGCAGCUUCUACUGCAGGAAGUGGAGAAUCACAAAAAGCAGAUGCUGAGCAAUCAGACCUCGUGGAGGAAAGCCAAUCUCACUUGCAAAAUCGCCAUCGACAACCUAGAGAAGGCAGAGCUUCUCCAGGGGGGAGACCCCCUGAGGCAAAGGAAAACCACCAAAGAGAGCCUGGCCCAGACGUCGAGUGUCAUCACGGAGAGCCUCAUGGGGAUCAGCAGGAUGAUGUCACAGCAGGUGCAGCAGAGUGAGGAGGCCAUGCAGACUCUAGGUGCUGCGGACUGCCCCCAGGCACCGGCGCAUCCACUGGAGGCAUUUGGCACCCAGGCAGCACUGGGCAAGAGGCCUGGCAUCGGCUCUCAGUGAGGGCUCGGUCCUGUGUGACCAGGCAGGCUUGGGAGUCGUGACUGCUGUCAGGACGCUCAGCCCCGUCUACAGCUGCGCUCCUGAGAGUUUCUGACUGAGUUCCUUUGCAGAGGUGCCAGUCAGAGGCUGCGGAACUCGGAAGGGGCACAGUAGACAAGGACAGCGAGCGUGGCGGUGUGGAGCCCCGGCCCCUUGCCUCGCUGCAGCCCGCCUUGUCACGUCCUGCUUGCUUUGAAGCCAACCCAGAUGUCAUCCACAAGUCUCUCAACUCUCCUCUCCAAAAAAUAAUACACCAGGGUCUCUGGGGAAAACAAAUGCAGAACCACAGUGCCAUCACUACCCAAUAUUAUCUGUAAAUCCCAACCAUUUUAUUUCUUCUUUUCACCUUUCAAACAGGAACAAAAAGAAAGCAAGCCUGUGUCCCAGAGCUCGCCUCGGGUGCUGGGCGCUGUUUGAGCACUGCGACCCAGGAUGGACCAGGCCCUUGCCCCGUGGUGCACCAUGGCGUGGGAGGGCUGGGAGCAGAACAGGGUGCAGGGGGAGCCGGGCCCAGCAGUGCUUCCGCCUGGGCGUUGCUACUCUGGCGGGGACGGGGCAGGCGCCGCUGAGGGCCUCCGGUGUGCAGAGGGGUCCCCUCGUGUGCGAGUGGUUCUUGGGCACGUUUUAUAGGAGAAGUAUCUAGUGAAGAUGCUUCCUGCCCCUUAUCAUGACCGAAAGGCCUGUUAGGACCACAGUUCUGAAACAAGGCACGCUGGGAUGGGGUCUGCAGCGGGAUCGCGCGGGGGGCUGAGUUGGGGUGGCGGGUCCUGGGUGGAGGCAGGACAGCACUCCGGGAUGCUCGUCGUCUGCUUCGGUGGCACGUCCAAAUCCUCCAAAAAUGAAGUGUAUAAAAAGGAAGGCCUAUCAAGGUUUACCUGUUUUUUUUUUUUUUGGUACCAGGGGUUGCACCCAGGGGUGCUCUGCCCCUAAGGCACAUCUUCAGUUCUUAUCCAGACUGGCCUCAGCCUCCUGAGUCACUGUGAUUGUGUUGGUGUCCCCGGGCUGAGCAGUUUUCUCUUAAGUUCUUACCUGCAUUUUUGAAAGAGGUGAAGAAAGAGGGCUGAGAGGGACUUUGUUCCCUGAGUAUUUUUGCCUCUUAUCUGUCAUUUUCAAAAUGCUGUUUCCUCUGAUAAUUUAUUAGCUUAAUUUGGUGAAAAGUUAAAACACGUGACUUGGUUAAAGGAAAAGUACCAUCCUAGCGCUGCUGGAUAGAAACGUAAGGGGAGCCAGGCAUGAAACCUUAAGUGUUCUAGCAGGUACACGUAUUCGGUAAAGAGAAGCGUGAAAUUAAUUCAAGUGACUUACUUCAGCCAUUAUAUGUGAAAUAGUCCCAUGUCAUCAGGCAAUUAAUAGUAAAAUUAUUGAAAAGUCACCACUCAGUAUCCAUGAGGGACUGGUCCAGGAACCCCAUGGACAUCAAGAUCCGAGGAUGCUCAGGUCCCUUCUGUAAAAUGGCAUCGUAUUUGCAAACCCCCCCGCAUGCCCCUGUGUGCUUUUCGGCAUCGCUGAUGACUUGUGAUGCCUAGCACAGUGUGGGUGCCAUGCAGGUAGCCAUUACGCGGUGUCGUUCGGGGGAGCAGACAAGGAGGUCUCUUCGUGUUUACAGGUGCGUUUUUUCCACAAGUUUUCAUUUGAGGUGGGUGGAAGCCCCGGGUGAGGAGCCUGUGGACGUGCUGGACUUGCCUUCCCUCCUGCUGUCUGCGACCAUGCGUGUGUUCACACUUACAGAUCUCAGUUGGGAUCAGCCACAUUUGUAUGGUCAGGCGCCUGAGGGUGCUGCGGCUGCUGUGUGGUGGGAGCAAAAGGUGCCAUCUGAGUAGACAGACAGAAACUGCAGCGCGUUCUCCUGAGAGGCCGGAGACCCCUGGCCUUCCUCCUCCGGGCCCUCCCCAGAGCCCACCUGGCUUCCCGUUUCUCGUGUCCCUGGCGCUGGCUCCUGCCCAGGCGCAGCAGCUCACGGCCCUGUCUGCCCUUGUGGCACUCAUCAGUGGAUGUUCCGAGGACGCCUUGCCAGGCUUUGCAGGAGAGACUGGCCAGGCGGACCUUCUCCCCGUUGUGGGGCCCACAGUCUGCACUCAGGACUCCUGGCUCAGGGAGCCGUGGUUAUCCCCCAGGCUGGGGCACAAGUACAAGUGUUCGUUCCGUCUUGAGAGCUGCGGCCAGUGGCCCAGCACUGAAGGGCUGGUGCAGGGGGUGCUCUCGCCAGCACCCAGGCUGUCCUUGCCUUUGUGUGACCUGCAAAGAGCGGGUCUGACCUCAGGUGUCCUGGGGGCCACAGCUCACCGGUAGAAGGUACCAGUGCCCCCCGCCUGUGAGCAGCCUCACAGCACCUGUCCGUGGUCACCUGGUUGGUCUGGUGGCUGGCGGGUCUUGGCAGAGCCUGUCUGCUUUGGAGAGCUGAGUUUGGUGCUUAGCCAGCCCCUUGCUGCCCUUCUCCCUGCCUGUGUCCACCUUCUAGACCCCCGAGCAAACGCCAUCAGCUGGCUGGGGCCUGGGAGGAGCCUUUCCUGCCAGGGCCUUGUUCCCUGCUCGCUGAGGGGCCGUGGUGGCCUGCCCUGGCUCAGCGCAGUAUGUCAUAUUGGCAGCCAGCCAGCAGCAAGCCCCUGGUCACCUGCGCUGAACAGUCUGAGUCAGGCCCCUGCCUCUUGUG